AUGGACGUGCGGGUCGGGGCGCUGCUGCUGGCGCAGCUGUUGGUGGGAGUCGAACUCGGGAGGCGGGGGUUGAAGGAUCAGGUCGUGCUGUAUCCAGGUUUCAACAACUCGUCGGUGCUCACAUGGCCCUGUGGCCAACGGAACAUCCACACGCUCGUGAUGGGCGGAAAAGACUCGGUGCGCGGGCGCUGGCCGUGGAUGGGCAGCCUGCGCCUGCCUAAAGGCCACCACUGCGGAGCGAGCCUGCUCAGCCGCCGCUGGGUGCUCUCGGCCGCGCACUGCUUCGUCAAGCACAAGAAUCCCUCAGAGUGGACGGUCCAGUUUGGCGAGCAGUCUUCUAGGCCACCUUUCUGGAACCUGUGGGCCUUCUACCAUCGUUACAGAGUGCAGGAUAUUAUUAUGUACCCGCAAUCCCAGGGGGCUUUGCUCAAUGACAUCGCCCUGCUGAAGCUCUCCUCCUCCGUCACCUACAAUAAGUACGUCCAGCCCAUCUGUGUCCCGGCCUCCUCCUCCGAGUUCCAGAACCGGAACAACUGCUGGGUGACCGGCUGGGGGGACCUCGAUGAGAAAAACCCUCUGCCACCUCCCCACAAUCUCCAGGAAGUGCAGGUCUCCAUCAUAAACAAUUCCAGGUGUAACUACCUGUUUCAACAGCCUCAUGUCCUCAAAAGAAUCCGGGAAGACAUGAUUUGUGCUGGUGCUGAGGAAGGCGGCAUUGACUCCUGCAAAGUGAGUGUCCUUGGCCAAACCAGGGCCUUGCUGGAACCAGGCACCACCCUCCCAAGCCUGGGCCUGAGAGCAACCCGCAUGACCCCCACCAAUCCACCCUCAGAGUUUAUUCAUGAGAAAAUAAUCCUAGCCCUUAUUUAUCCAGCCUGUAACACAAGCUUCUUGUUUUAAGUUAAUUGUACCUCCUUUGAUCCUCACGUGAAACCCAGGGGGUGGAGCCUGUUGCCCCU